ACGAUAGAGGAAUCCAAACACCUUUGAAGCUUCUUUUCUAUACUCUGUUUUUGUACUUUGUACUUCAAAAAGCUAUCUCUAUUUAUACUUCUUCUUCAUCAAUCAUUUUUCUUCCAUUAAAAAAAAACAAGUUUUUCAAAACAAAGCAUCCUCAUCCAUGGCUAAUUUACUUCACAAUUCUUCCUUCUUCCUUCUUCUCUGCCUCUUGCAUUUCGUACUCGUCGCGAAAUCACAGUCAUUUAUCGGUAUAAACUAUGGCCAAGUUGCGGAUAAUCUACCGGCACCGGAGGCAACAGCCAAGUUACUACAAUCAACUUCAAUUCAAAAAGUCCGAUUAUACGGAUCCGACCCGGCAAUUAUCAAAGCUUUAGCAAAUACCGGUAUCGGAAUCAUGAUCGGAGUAGCCAACGGUGAUAUUCCGCCGAUGGCAUCAGACCCGAACUUUGCUAAAGGAUGGCUAAGUUCAAAUGUGCUUCCAUUUUAUCCGGCGAGUGAAAUUAUUGUAAUCAACGUCGGAAAUGAGGUUAUGUCUUCAAAUGACCAGAAUCUGAUGACGAAUUUGUUGCCGGCGAUGCAAAAUUUACAAAAAGCCCUAAAUGAUGUUUCAAUUGGAGGGAAAAUUAAGGUCUCUACGGUUCAUUCUAUGGCGGUUAUGAAGCAAUCGGAUCCUCCGUCUUCUGGAAGUUUCGACCCGAAUAUUGGGGAUUUGUUGAAAGGAUUGUUGGAAUUCAAUAAAGCUACUGGUUCUCCUUUUGCCAUUAAUCCUUAUCCGUUUUUCGCUUAUCAGAGUGAUCCUAGACCUGAUACUUUAGCUUUUUGCUUGUUUCAACCUAAUGCUGGUCGAGUUGAUGCUGGCACCAAGAUUAAGUACACCAACAUGUUCGAUGCUCAGGUGGAUGCAAUAAGAGCAGCGCUUAACGCUAUGGGAUUCAAGGAAGUAGAGAUUGUGAUUGCGGAAACAGGGUGGCCUUAUAAGGGAGACAGCAAUGAAGUUGGUCCAAGUAUUGAGAAUGCAAAGGCUUACAAUGGCAAUUUGAUUGCUCACUUGAGGUCAAUGGUUGGUACCCCUUUGAUGCCUGGCAAAUCAGUAGAUACCUAUCUCUUUGCCAUGUAUGAUGAGGAUCUCAAACCAGGACCAACUUCUGAGAGAUCCUUCGGACUUUUCAAGCCUGAUUUAACCAUGAGUUAUGAUGUUGGACUUUCUAAAGCCAACAACCAGGUUCCAACACCAAAAACUCCGGUGUCUCCCUCACCAAAUGCAUCCCCAAAAGCUCCAGUGACUCUCUCACCAAAUCCAGCACCAAAAGCUCCGGUGACUCCCACGCUGGUUCCAACGCCAAACACCACGGUGACUCCCCUGUCACCAAAGACAGAGAAAAGUGUUAAAGCAGGUGUAUCAGAUUCUCAAUCGCAAGCAAAUAUCAACGUGGGGAUGCUUGUUUUGAGCCAAAUACUGUGGUAUCCCAUGCUGCAUAUGCGAUAAAUCUCUUUACCAAAUUCAGUAAAGAAUCGUUUGAACUGACAGCAUCCCUCUCAUCAACAAAUCCUAGUAAGUUGCUGAUCAGUUUUGUCUUCUGUCGGGGAAUCUUAGUAGCUCAGUUGGUUGUUUACAUGCAAUUUUCACUUUGUUGGUGAGAGUUCGAUUCCCCCCACCUUGUAAUAUCCUCCCUCGUCUGCCCUUCCCGUACCUCAGUUAUCCAAGAGAGAAUUAAGUACUUGAGAGCAGAGGCAAUUUGUAAUAUCAGGUAGGAUAGCUUUUGUGGAAAUGUUUUCCUCUUGUUCUUGUUAUU